AUGCUAAUAAUAACUCCAACUGUUAUUAAAAGGCUUAGUUUUCAUUCCCGUUUUUAUCAUUCUCGUUAUGAAGGUUAUUGGACUUUAUUAUUACAACAACAACAACAACAACGAUCUAAACCUGUCCACAAAGCAUCUUUAUUAUCCAAAGACGACGCAGCAUUAGAUACAACAAACGAGGACGAUGAACUGAUACAUCUUGCUGCUACCAUGGAAGAUAAUACUUCUAUAUCUACCACCCAGUCUCAAUCUACUACUUUUGUUUGGUUACAGAAUGAAAGAAUCCCUUUGCCACAAAAACCUCCACCUCCUGAAAAUUGUUGUAUGAGUGGUUGUGCUUAUUGUGUAUAUGAUAUCUAUCAAGAAGAAAUGGAAACUUACAAACAACAAAUGAAUGCAUUACGACAAAAAUACGCUGCAGCCGGAGUGGAUUUACCCGAUGAACUUCAACCUAAAACCAAGACGACUUUACAGGGGAACAAUGCUCAGCCAGGACAACAAGUGACUGAUGAGGAAGAGGAUGAUGAUAUGGAUCCAACCAUGCGUGCUUUUCUAGAAAUGGAAAAGAAACUCAAAGCUUCUUCUUAGUGAUAGUAUCAUUUUUUUUUUAUUAUUAUUCGGAUAGAUUUUAUUUUACUUUAUAUUAUUUUACAAAAUGACAUUCAUAUACCCGUCCAUAUAGAUAUACUUUGAAUAAAAUAGACAAAACCAAUUAAUUAAUCAG